AUGAUCUCAGUCAGUUUUAAUCGUAUUGAUCCAUUAUUUAUGUAUACACAAUUGUUAAAAGAAGCACUUUUGGAAAUCGAAGAUGAUGAUACAAAAUCGAUUAAGGAACUUGUUGAAUACUGUCGUCUUCAAGGCGAUGUUUCCGAAAAAACACUUAAAAUGAUUGAAGAAGAAUAUCGUAAUCAUACACCCAUUUGGUGGUACACAGGUCCAUAUUUUAUCUACUCAAUGCUCAAUCGUGGUCUUCGACUAAUGGAUGUUGAUAUUAUACUUAAAAUGGGCUUUUUCAUCCGCCAUCUACAUCAAUAUAUUACAGACUUACAUCGUGAACAGCAAAGUAGCAAAGUAGCCAUACCAUCGCAAUUUCAAGUUUUUCGUGGUCAAGGCUUAUCCGUGGAAGUCUUUGAAAAAAUGAAGAAAACUAAAGGUGGACUUAUGUUGUUUAAUAAUUUUCUGUCGACAAGUCGUAAUCGUAAGAUUUCUUUCGAAACCUAUGCACGAUCGACAGCAUUCAAUACGAAUUCAGUUGGUAUUCUCUUCGUUAUGAACAUCGAUACGGCCAUUUGCACAGCUUCAUCGACACCUUUCGUCAACGUCAAAGAUAUUGGCUUCUACGAUGAUCAAGAAGAAGAAAUUCUUUUUUCGACACACACAAUUUUUCGUGUCGACCGCAUAGAACGUAUUGAAGAUAAGCAUACAGAUCGCCUCUGGCAAGUUAAUCUCACCCUCGCUAGUAAUCAAGACGAUGAUUUUAACAAACUUACAGCACAUUUACGUGAAGAGCUUCACGUCGCGGGAACAGGAUGGUCUCGACUGGGUUCUAUUCUUAUUAAGUUGGGUGAGCCUGCAAAAGCAGAACAUCUCUGUCAGCUACUCCUUGAGAAGGCAUCUUCUGAUGAAGACAAAGCGCAGUGUAAUGAUGAACUUGGCACGGUGUACAAAUACAUAGGAGAAUACUUGAAAGCAAUAACAUUUUAUGAAAGGGCAAUCGAUAUCUACAAGAAAAUGAGCCCUCCGAGUCAGCUCAACUUGGCUUCUUGCUACAACAACAUCGGUUCGCUGUAUAGAGAUAUGGGCGAGUACUCGAAAGCACUUUCAUCGCAUGAACGAUCACUUGAAAUCCAAAAAAUAGCUCUCCCUCCGAAUCAUCCCGACUUGACUAGUUCCUACAACAACAUCGCUGUGGUAUAUUAUAACAUGGGCGAGUACUCGAAAGCACUUUCAUCGUACGAACGAUCACUUGAAAUCCGAAAAAUAACUCUCCCUCCGAAUCAUCCCGACUUGGCUGGUUCCUACAACAACAUCGGUUUGGUGUAUUAUAAAAUGGGCGAGUACUCGAAAGCACUUUCAUCGCAUGAACGAUCACUUGAAAUCCAAAAAAUAGCUCUCCCACCGAAUCAUCCCGAUUUGGCUACUUCCUACAACAACAUCGGUAUGAUAUAUGAUAACAUGGGCGAGUACUCGAAAGCACUUUCAUCGUAUAAACGAUCACUUGAAAUCCAAAAAAUAGCUCUCCCUCCAAAUCAUCCCCACUUUGCUCAAUCCUACCACAACAUCGGUUUGCUGUAUAAUAACAUGGGCGAGUACCCGAAAGCACUUUCAUCCUAUGAACGAUCACUUGAAAUUAAAAAAAUAGCUCUCCCUCCGAAUCAUCCCGACUUGGCUGGUUCCUACAACAACAUCGGUAUAGUGUAUAGAAAAAUGGGCAAGUACUCGAAAGCACUUUUAUUGUAUGAACGAGCGCUUGGAAUCCAAAAAAUAGCUCUCCCUCCGAAUCAUCCAGACUUGGCUGAUUCCUACAGCAAUAUCGGUGCAGCGUAUUAUAACAUGGGCGAGUACUCGAAAGCACUUUCAUCGUACGAACGGUCACUUGAAAUCCGAAAAAUAGCUCUCCCUCCGAAUCAUCCCGACUUCGCUCAAUCCUACAACAACAUCGGCGCCGUGUAUUAUAACAUGGGCGAGUACUCGAAAGCAUUUUCAUCGUAUGAACGAUCACUUGAAAUCCAAAAAAUAGCUCUCCCUCCGAAUCAUCCCGAUUUGGCUACUUCCUACAACAACAUCGGUAUGGUAUAUGAUAACAUGGGCGAGUACUCGAAAGCACUUUCAUCGUAUGAUCGAUCACUUGAAAUCCGAAAAAUAGCUCUCCCUCCAAAUCAUCCCCACUUUGCUCAAUCCUACAACAACAUCGGUUUGGUGUAUAGAAACAUGGGCGAGUACUCGAAAGCACUUUCGUCGUAUGAACGAUCAAUUGAAAUCCGAAUAAUAGCUCUCCCUCCGAAUCAUCCCGACUUGGCUUCGUCCUACAACAACAUUGGUAUAGUGUAUAGAAACAUGGGCGAGUACUCGAAAGCACUUUCAUCGUAUGAACGAUCACUUGAAAUCCGAAAAAUAGCUCACCCUCCGAAUCAUCCCGACUUGGCUUCGUCCUACAACAACAUCGGUAUAGUGUAUAGAAACAUGGGCGAGUACUCGAAAGCGCUUUCAUCGCAUGAACGAUCACUUGAAAUCCAAAAAAUAGCUCUCCCUCCGAAUCAUCUCGACUUCGCUCAAUCCUACAACAACAUCGGUGCGGUGUAUGAUGACAUGGGCGAGUACUCGAAAGCACUUUCAUAUUACGAAAAAGCACUACAAAUCAAGAAGAUUGCUCUUCCCCCAGGACAUCCAAGUACUGCACUUACGGAAAGAAACAUUGAAAGUGUAAACAAGAAAAUGUAA